AUCAUGUCGUAUCUGUCGAAUACGAGUGGGGUGCCCCCGACGGGACUACACCUUGGUAGCCCUCAUGCUGCCCCCUGCAGCGUGCCUCUUCCUGGUGCCCUGUUCUCCGUCCCUCCCCCGCCAAUGCCGCCCGCGAGCCCCGUGCUGUGGUGGGCGGAAGGCAGGGCUGGUGCACGAACGACCCAGGGGAACGCCCCGCCGGAGCAAGCUGUCUGCGACGAGCAGUGGCUCGGUGGUUGGCUGGCACAACGACGGAAGCCGGCGUCCCUGGCCCGCCCACGACCUCCGGCCAUGAAGAUUUUUGAAGCCAGCAAAAGCUUUAAGACAUCGUUGAAACUUGCAAAUGAACUACAGCAACUAUAUGACAAUAUGGAAUUGCAUUGCACCACUAUGUCUUGUGAAGAGUGGGCAGGAAAAUGGGAAGAAAUUGAGAAAACACAGAAGGAAGUAAAUAAUUGUCUGGCCAAGAUUACUAAUCCAGAUGUUAUCAGAAGUUUGAAGUUAGCUCUUUUGAAACGCAAAAAGAAACGUAUUUCUCAGAAAAAUGAAAGAGCUUGUUUCAAAAAGGAGAAAAUUAAGUCCGUAGACAAGAUACGACAGCUACACAAAAAAAUUGAUACCUGGUUGGAAGAUAUGCAGGAAUCAGUUGAACGUUCCAAGAGGGAGGAGAGCCUGAAAGUGGAGGCGGACCAGGUGCUGUCGGAAGUGACGCGCAAGAAGGCAGAGGCCCGCCGCCAGCUGGCGCUGCUGUCGUCGCUGUCGAAGCUGCGGCAGCUGAGGGCCAGGACGUGGGCCACUCGCGGGGAGAGAGUGUCCGCAGAGGCCGGAGUCCAGUUCGACAAAGUCAUAGACAGCCUGCGCAAGCUGUGGGACGACCAGCUGGAGGUGUACGGCGUGGAGGAGAGGGGGCUCAGGCUGAUGCUGGAAGGCGUUGUGGAGGAGAGGAACAGGAAGCAGGAGCGGCGGGAGAGGGAGAUCAUCCACCAGUGGGAACGGCUGCUCUUUGGCGACUCGAGGCGCCCGCGGGAGCCCGACCAUGCCCACGACUUUUUCUCUGUGGCGGAGAGGGAUUUGGAAGCUUUCGUCCACAUAAGAAAACAAUGGGACAAGUUCGUAGCACCAUCCGCGGCACCCAUGUCAUCCACCAUACCUGUAGGCUGGGUUCUCCCAGUGGGGCCCUCAUCACACCAGUGGGCUCAGUUACUGCAGAAAGACAACAAAAAUGUUAUGAAUUAACCCAAGCUUUAAUCAUUCUAAUCUAAUGCUUGCUUAUUUGUAUUUUUGAAUUCACAUCUUUGUCAACUGCUACAUUCCCUUUGUAUUUCUUCAAUAAAGGCAAUUUUGAAACUGCUUAA